CCGCGCGCCGGUUCCGGACCGGCUGAGUUCUGGGCGCCUCAGAAGCCGGUGUGUGGCGGGGUGCGGCGUCCCGGCGGGGAAUAAGCAGCCAUGGUGCUCAAUAGUUUGGAUAAGAUGAUUCAACUCCAGAAAAACACUGCUAACAUCAGGAAUAUCUGUGUUUUGGCUCAUGUAGACCAUGGAAAAACUACUCUUGCUGACUGUCUCAUAUCUAGCAAUGGAAUCAUCUCCAGCCGCCUGGCAGGCAAGUUACGGUACAUGGAUAGCAGAGAAGAUGAACAGGUCCGAGGUAUCACUAUGAAAUCCAGUGCCAUUUCACUGCUUUAUGCAAAAGGUAAGGAGGAGUACCUGAUUAAUCUCAUAGACUCCCCGGGACACGUGGAUUUCUCCUCAGAAGUGUCAACGGCUGUUCGCAUCUGCGAUGGAUGCAUCAUUGUGGUCGAUGCUGUGGAAGGGGUCUGUCCACAGACACAGGCAGUUCUACGACAAGCCUGGCUCGAAAACAUCCGUCCAGUUUUAGUGAUUAAUAAGAUAGAUCGCUUGAUAGUGGAACUGAAAUUCACCCCACAGGAGGCGUAUUCUCACCUCAAGAAUAUUUUGGAGCAGAUUAAUGCGCUCACAGGAACUCUUUUUACUUCUAAAGUCCUAGAAGAAAGAGCAGAGAGAGAGACCGAAUCCCAGGGGAACCCAAAUUCUGACCCGGGAGAGCAAGUGUACGACUGGAGUGCUGGCUUGGAGGACACGGAUGAUUCCCACCUUUACUUCUCUCCAGACCAGGGGAAUGUGGUGUUCACAAGUGCAGUCGACGGGUGGGGCUUCGGAAUUGAGCACUUUGCCAAGAUCUACAGUCAAAAAAUUGGCAUCAAAAAGGAAGUUCUUUUGAAAACAUUGUGGGGAGAUUAUUAUAUAAAUAUGAAGGCUAAGAAGAUCAUGAAGGUUGAUCAGGCAAAAGGAAAGAAACCAUUAUUUGUACAGCUAAUCCUGGAAAAUAUAUGGAGUUUAUAUGAUGCUGUCUUAAAAAAGGACAAAGAAAAAAUUGAUAAAAUAGUGACUUCUUUAGGAUUGAAGAUGGGAGCCCGGGAAGCACGACAUUCAGACCCUAAAGUCCAGCUCAGUGCCAUCUGCAGUCAGUGGCUGCCUAUAGCGCACGCUGUUCUUGCUAUGGUGUGUCAGAAACUUCCUAGUCCCCUCGAUAUUACUGCCGAGAGAGUAGAGAAACUGAUGUGUACAGGAUCACACACAUUUGACUCUCUUCCACCGGAAACCCAGGCACUCAAAGCAGCUUUCAUGAAAUGUGGAAGUGAAGAUACUGCUCCAGUUAUUAUCUUUGUUUCCAAAAUGUUCGCAGUUGACGCUAAGGCUUUGCCUCAGAACAAGCCAAGACCUCUCACACAAGAAGAAAUUGCUCAGAGGCGUGAGCGUGCAAGACAGAGGCACGCGGAGAAGCUCGCAGCAGCGCAGGGCCAGGUGCCUGUGGAGUCCGCCCCAGAUGGGGGUGCCCUUGCAACAAGUCCAGAGGGAGAGGACCCAAAAGGUGAUGAGCAACAAGUGGAGAGUAUGACCCCGACACCUGUGCCACAGGAAGGAAACAACCAAGAGACUUUCAUUGCAUUUGCUCGGGUAUUCAGUGGUGUGGCUCGAAGAGGAAAGAAAAUUUUUGUCUUGGGGCCUAAAUAUAGUCCUGUUGAGUUUUUGCAGCGGGUACCAUUAGGCUUCUCAGCUCCACCGGACGACCUGCCCCCCAUCCCCCACAUGGCAUGCUGCACUCUGGAACACCUGUACCUUCUGAUGGGCAGGGAACUGGAAGACCUAGAAGAGGUGCCUCCAGGAAACGUGCUAGGAAUUGGGGGCCUUCAAGACUUCGUGCUGAAAUCUGCAACGCUGUGUAGCUUGCCGUCCUGCCCGCCAUUCAUACCGCUCAGCUUUGAAGCCGCGCCUAUUGUGAGGGUUGCUGUUGAACCAAAACACCCAAGUGAAAUGCCUCAGCUGGUCAAAGGAAUGAAACUGUUGAACCAAGCUGACCCCUGUGUCCAGAUUCUGAUCCAGGAAACGGGAGAGCACGUCUUAGUCACAGCAGGGGAGGUCCACCUUCAGCGGUGCCUGGAUGACUUGAAAGAAAGGUUUGCGAAGAUUCAGAUCAGUGUAUCUGAACCCAUUAUUCCAUUCAGGGAGACAAUCACAAAACCCCCCAAAGUGGACAUGGUCAAUGAAGAAAUAGGCAAACAGCAGAAAGUUGCAGUCAUACACCAAAUGAAAGACGAGCAAAGCCGAAUCCCUGAGGGAGUCCAGGUAGACUCCGAGGGCCUGGUCACCAUGACAACUCCCAAUAAACUGGCCACGCUCAGUGUGCGGGCCAUGCCCCUUCCGGAAGAAGUCACUCAGAUUUUAGAAGAAAACAGUGAUUUGAUUCGUUCUAUGGAACAGUUGACAUCAUCUUUGAAUGAGGGCAAAAAUACUCAGAUGAUUCACCAGAAGACCCAAGAGAAAAUUUGGGAAUUCAAAAGAAAACUUGAGCGACACCUAACAGGGAGAAAAUGGAGGAACAUUGUUGACCAAAUCUGGUCAUUUGGCCCAAGAAAAUGUGGGCCCAACAUAUUAGUAAAUAAAGAUGAAGAUUUUCAGAACUCUGUAUGGACAGGCCCGGCUGGCACAGCUUCAAAAGAAGCCAGUAGGUACCGAGAUAUGGGCAACAGCAUCGUCAAUGGCUUCCAGCUAGCAGCUCUCUCUGGACCCAUGUGUGAGGAGCCUCUCAUGGGUGUCUGUUUUGUUCUGGAAAAAUGGGACCUAAGUGAAUUUGAGGAACAAGGAACAGGUGAUAAGCAGAAUGAAGAACAAAGCGAUGUGGUCAAAGAGGAGCGGAGGGGAGGUGAAACCUGCCCCAGCAGAGAUGGAAACCAGGAGCUCCAGGACGGUGGCUCCCAGCCCUCUGAGAAAGGGCCUUCCCGGAGAGGAGAGUCGUCACUCGCCGACUGCUACGGACCCUUGUCAGGGCAGCUGAUCGCCACCAUGAAGGAAGCAUGUCGCUAUGCACUGCAGGUGAAACCUCAGCGCCUGAUGGCAGCGAUGUACACGUGUGACAUCAUGGCUACCGGCGAUGUUCUCGGUCGGGUCUAUGCCGUAGUGUCAAAGAGAGAAGGUCGGGUGCUGCAAGAAGAGAUGAAAGAGGGGACGGACGUGUUCAUCAUCAAGGCCGUGCUGCCCGUCGCCGAGAGCUUUGGCUUCGCCGACGAGAUCAGGAAGAGAACGAGUGGCCUGGCCAGCCCACAGCUCGUAUUCAGCCAUUGGGAGAUCAUUCCCAGCGACCCCUUCUGGGUGCCAACCACUGAGGAAGAAUACCUGCACUUCGGGGAAAAGGCCGAUUCUGAGAACCAGGCCCGGAAGUACAUGAACGCGGUGCGAAAGCGGAAAGGUCUCUACGUGGAGGAAAAGAUCGUGGAGCACGCAGAAAAGCAGAGAACCCUCAGCAAAAAUAAGUAACUACUCUUGGCAGAUUCUUUUCUUUCUAAUAAAUUAAGAAGGAUCCCCCAGGGUUCGAUCCUGGAAGACUUCUUUAUGCUGCAUUAUCUGUGUGCGUUUACUUUCAAUAAAGUCAAGCCAUGCAAGCACUUGAAAA